UCGAUUGAGUUCUGUUGUAAGCCAGUAUAUUAAUUAAUAUACACCAUAGUAUAUUACAAAGAAUGAUCAUUAGUUAUUUUUUUUUCGUUUAUCGUCGUCGUUUUCGUUCAUCUAAUCUUUAAUAGGCCUUCAACUUUCAAAAAGGGUGAAACUGAAUUGGAUGUAACUUCUGCCUCGGAGACAGCAUACGCGAAACGAAUUACACUAUUGAUAUUACGUCUAAUGGUUUUUAGCUAAUAAAUGAUGAAUAUUCUUACUUUGAUCGGGACAUUCUGUAUGAUUCUUUUGAGGCUGCCGAUACUUUCGGCGACAGACGCAUCAUCCCAGUCGGUCAAGCAGCAGCUUUACGUCGACCCUAGUGACGUCACAAUAGUAUCUGGUAAAUCUGCGACCUUUGCCUGCUUUGCUACCCAGCAUCCCGUGACCUUGACCUGGGUCAAGGACGCGAUCUAUGCAUUGGCGAUCGAUCGCUUUAUCGUAUCGCCUGAACAAUCGAGGAUUUCGGUGAGCGUCAAUGAAUCGAGGGGUUCCUACGAACUGCACAUCUCCGACGUUCAACCGGGAGAUGCAGGGAAGUACCACUGCGAACUGGCGGCCAAUCUCCCGUCUGAACACGUUGCUUCAAAGCCAGCUAAAAUGACUGUAAUAGUGGCUCCAAAAUUUCAGACACAGCCUCAAGACUUUGAAGGUAUCGAGGGUCAGGUGGCCAUGUUCCGAUGUGUUGCCGACGGCUACCCGAAGCCACUCUACCGCUGGUUCGACAACUCUCGGAAGCCGAUCGACUCCACGAAGUCCAAAUAUGGCAUAUCCCCAAGCGGGGAGUACUUGACCGUGUAUGAACUGGUUGAAGAGGAUGCGGGCGAGUUCUCUUGCGAGGCGAGCAACCAGGCCGGGAAGACCGAGGGCAAGGCGAAGCUGACGGUGAUCGUCCCGCCGGGGCUGAACGAGGGCCAGACGGAGACGCGGGAAAAUGGACAGGAAGUGACGUUUGCGUGUCACGUGAUGCGAGGAGACGGUCAGCUCUCCUGGUGGAGAAACGGGAAGAUUGUGGAUGAAAGCAAUGGGGUAGACCAGCGUGUCUUGGUCGAGACUCACCCGGAGACCGGCCAUCUCCAUCUGACCAUUCGCAAGAUCGAGAAGAGUGAUGAGGGAAUGUGGACCUGUGCGGCAGUCGGAAGAAAAGGCAAAGACACCAUCACCACCGUAGAACAUCAUCUUACCAUCAAAGUUCGUCCGAUCGUGCUUCAGCCCGCCACGCAGUUGAUGAGUGUUCGAGUCGGCGAAAUGUUGUCCAUGUCGUGCCAGAACAUUAGAGCCGGUGGUGGCCAACCAAGCUGGUACGACACAAGACACGGAGUCGUAGUAACGGAUGAUCCGAAAAAGAGAAUCUUUGUUCGCUUCGACAAAUCAUCAAUAACUCUGGAACUGAUUGUCGGUGAAGUGGCUCCUGAAGAUCAAGGCGUGUUCUGCUGUGUGACUGACGGCGACAUGAACUGUUUUAUGCUACUUGCUUUCACAAAGUAGAUCCAGUUAAUUGUCAGUGUGUGAACGCGAUGGAAGCAGUGAAAACCUAAGGGGAAAGUUGACCCUGACAACACUAAUUUAUUAUUAGGAUAGUAGAACAAGUGAGAAAAAUGUAUUCGUGAAAUUCUGAGGAAAAACCAUCAUAAAUAUUUUUUAAAAAUAGUGGAAUUCUAAUUUCUAAGUUGUGAUGUCAGAUGCAAGCAGAUACCACAAACAUUUUGUUAAGGAAAAAAAUACUUGUAAAAAAAAGGAAAAUAAUUUUGAUUGUACCUUCGGUAUAUCAACAGACAAGUCAUUUCAAAACCACCCCGUUCUUUUUUUUUUAAUUUAUGCAUUUCAUAACGAGCGGAGGCUGCUCGUAUAUGACGUCAUAAAUAGUAACAAACAAUAAAAUUCUCAAACUUUCUGAAUAUUUGGUGGAUUUUUACAAAAGAGAAGUCAGGGUGAACUUCCCCUUUUAAAUAGCUGGGUUCUAAUUAAGCCCACCUUUACAUUUGGAAGGUAUAGGAUGUUCUUCCAACCAAUGUCUUGCGAUGUUGUCUUGUCAUUACAGGGUCUGUUAUUAUAGCUUAAACAUCUUCUUAAAGGUCAAGUCCACCUCAGAAAAAUGUUGAUUUGAAUCAAUAGAGCAAAAUCAGACAAGCAC